AGUUUAAAAGACUAAAACACGAGCGUGCGCAGUGAGGACUUUCGCGGGUGAGGCGUGAGAUGAAUUGACGCACGCUACGUGACAACAUGGAGAAGGAAAACCAUAGAGCGCAGAGAUAAUUGAAACCCGGCUUUCUUGCUUGGGCGGCUUCUUCGUCAAAGAAGCUUCUCCUGUUAAUUUUAAUUCUCAGUUCGAAGGGGCGCGUAAAGAAAAAAAAAUUGAUGUCAGGUGAAGGUGGCUGGGUGCACUGCUCCUCACGACGUGGCGGCUAGUGCGUUGCAGCGCUUGCCAGGUCGCGCCGGAGGUGACGUCAACGCGCGCCGGAAACGAGGAUGAACAACACUGGCCAAUCCCUCCUUGGUUUUUUUCUUUUUGUUUUUUUGAGGAACUAAAUCCUGGCACUGCCCCUUCCGCUGACUUCCCCGUCAGGUGACCCGCGUCGCUGGCUGAGGGGUCCGUGCCGGUCCUUGCCUGAGGGGAGUUGCGAGAGGGGCGGCAGCGGCCUGGUCGUGAAGAGGGAGAGCCGACCUGAGCCAGUAGAGCUGCCGGCAGGAGCUGCCGGAGAGCGCCGCGACCGCCGCUAGCCGAGCCGACCGCCGCACCGCCAUGGCCAGCCAGUCGCAGGGCAUCCAGCAGCUGCUGCAGGCCGAGAAGAGGGCAGCCGAGAAGGUGGCCGAGGCCCGGAAGAGUGAGUGGGCGGGCCGGGAGUAGGAGGCGGGGGUGGCUUAGUACUCUGGAUGCAGUUUUAUUCAUUUUUAUUUAUUCACUCACUCAUUUGUAUUUGUUUUUAAAUAUAUCUUUGCGUUUGUUGUCAUUUAUUCAAUUAUUCUUUAUUAUUUCAUAUUUCUUUAACCAUUCUUAAAUGAUGUGUUUCUAUUUACUUAUUCGUAUUUCGUUAAUUUUAUUCAUUAAUGCAUUCGUAUUUAUUCUCAUUUCGUUAUUUUUAUUUAUUCGCUUUAAAUGUUUGUUUGUGUUUAUGCUUAUUCAUUCGUAUUUAUUCAUGGACAGGAAUUUAAAAAUGCAGGCUGAGACAACUAUUCUAAAGCACUGAACAAAUGGCUGACACUGAAUCAAAUUAUCGUGGUUAUCAAUCCAAAGUGCUGGUUUUGACUGUGUGAGCCAAAAAAUAAUUUUCAGCUGUGGUGUCCUACCUUUGGAACUCUCUGCUCAGCAAAGCUUGUCUGGCACCUCCUAUAUUUUUGGCACAAUGCAAAGACACUUUUCAGUUCACUCAAACUUUUCAGGAAUUUUUGUUUACCUAAUUCUCAUUAUGUUAUGUUGCAUAAAAGUUGUUAUCCUGACAACAGUUCUGGAUGGCAAGGCAAGACUUCUUAUUCCCCAAUAUUUUGCAGAUAAGCUCAUAAGUUGCUAACCUUCAGUAUUUUAUUACUAGCCUAUUAAGAGAAUACUAGCCUAUUUCCUUGCUAGCCAUGGAGGAGGGAAAACCCCAUGCUCUGUGGUCAGCAUGAAAAGGCAGGCAGGCAGAGGUGUGAUGGAGCUGAGGCACAGGCUUUCCUUCUUCCACAGCUAGUACUGUAAGUAAGCAAAUUAUGGUGACCAGGAAAGUUUUUAUAAUGUUAUUGGUCUAAGUCAGUAUUGCCUCACUGGCUGCAAGCAGCUCUCCAGAGUUUUUGGCAGAGGAUCUGAAAUGGCAGGGAUUGAAGCUGGGAUCUGCUGUCAGUAAGAACUGUCAUCCCUCCCUCAGUGGAGGCAAGGCUGCAACUUUACAGUGGUUGUAUGGAAAGCCCAGUAGUGAAAAUGGCAGAGAAAAGUACUUAUUGUUUCAAGGUUGAAAGGGUUAGCAAUGAAUAGCCUGUGUUUAACAUUUGUAUUUAUGCAGCAGUGUGCAAGGAUAAAAUGACAAGGGGAGGCCCAAAGCACAUCUGUGAGGUGGCUUGGGACUUAAAGGAAGGGUGAGGUGAGGUAACUGUUUCUUUGUUGUGCUGAGAGGUAGCUUAGGUUGCUGGGACACAUGAGAAUAGUGUGGCUUGGAAGGAGAUCAUAAGAUGAAGCUUCCUUAUGUAUAGUUGGCUCUGGUCAUUGUGAGCAACAGAGGUUCUACAAAAUACUUUCUCAGAUCAGAUCUCCCAGAAUCUGUUUGACGUCCACAUUGUGGUAAUGGUUUCAUAAUAAACAUUAUGAAACAUAUAUCACAAAUCACAAUGUGUACGCACAGUAAUUACAAAAUCACAACGUGGGGAAAACUGAAGCUGGUCAUCACUUCUCUCAUGAUUCUUGCCACCCCUGUUGCUCUGCUGCCUCUUCUCUUCCCUGCAGGGGACAGCGGACCACAAGAGCAAGCACUGAAGAAAGUCCUGGCAACUUUCCUCAGUAAUAUAAACUCCAUGAACUGCUUGUUUUAAGUGCAGGUGCCAGGUUGGUAGGUGGUUGAGGAAUACACUGGUCCAAACUGGCUCCAGGCUUCUUGCUGGGAACCCCUUUUGAAGGGUUGCUGCCCUCAAAUGGGCUUGCUUGGAUGCUGUUGCUGGGAGCAUCGAAAAAUAAAUGGCAGUAAAUUACUUCUGAGUUUUAAAAACAUAAAAAUAAACUUUGCCCUCUUGUUUAAGCCUCUUUCCUCGCUUCUUCCCUUCUGUAUCCCUUUGGUAUUCCUGCUACUUAUUCCUACAGCAUUAACAUUUGAGAAAAUGUGCUAAAUGUACUAUAAAAUAACAGUUGCAACAAUAUAUUAAAGGUAAAAAUUUUUUUUGUAAGUUUUGGACCUCUAAGUAGUAGCAGUUGCUAGGACCUUACCCUGUUUGCCUCUUCAGGCAGUCCUCUUUUUGUGCAGGGGUUACAUUCUGGACCCCCACGCAUCAGUGGAGCCCCCGUAAAGUGUCCCCAUUUAACAACUUUUUGGAUCACUUCUGGAUUUCACAGUAUGCGCAAUCAUGUAUCAACCAGAAACACGUGCAUUGGUCAUUGCUUGCACAUAGUUCCAUCCUUAUUUCAGACAUUGUGAUAUAUCAGUAUAUCAUGAUGUUUAGCUGGUGACAUAUCAUGAUGUUGAAAACCAGGCAUCGCCCAACCCUAGUUGCAGCCCUUUUCAUUUUUAAACUAUGUUUAUGUAGAAUACUCAUAAGCUGGAAGCCUAAUUAGUGCUUGCCUGGUUUGGAAAGGAGUGAAGGGCUCUAGGACCCCACCAGAGCCCUGGGGCUUUCUUCCCAGAGCAGUCCCGGCAGUUCUCCUGCACAGGGCAGAGGUGGUACAAAAUUAAUAAGAUCCAUAAUUGAGAAGAUCUAUGUGCGGGCGCCAGAUGCUGGCUUCACACAGGCGCCAUUUUAUGAAAGAUUACAAAGUCCGUCCAUUUUGUCUGACUGGUAGGGCAGUGGGAUGCUGCCAGAGCUCAGGCACCAGAAGCCUAUUAAUUGCCCAGCUUUCAGAAGGAGGGAAGGGCUCUAGGACCCUGCCAGAACCCUGAAUUUUCCUUCCCAGAGCCAGAGCGCUACUAGCAGUUUCUCUGCACCGGCGCUGAGCUGAGUUGGCGCAUAAUUGAGAAAAUCCACUUGGGGCGUCAACCUUGCAAAGGCACCAUUUUAUGAAAGAUUACUGGUUCGUCCAUUUUGUCUGACUUUUGGAGGGCGGUGCAAGGGCUCUGGGAUGCUGCCAGACCUGUGGCACCACCCAGGUAAACCUUAUGCGAGAUCACAGCUUAGUAUGUGUAGACUAGGGUUAUUUACUUGGGAGUUAAAAAGAAAUAAAAAUUUCCUUCUCCCCUUCUCUGUGUCCAUGUUUCUGUGGCUCUCUCAUGUCUGUGUUUCCCCUGCCUCGUUAUGUCCCCCAUUUCCUCCUCCUUACUCACGAAGUCUCCCCAAUGCUUCCGUCGCCCCUUUGCUUUCUUACACAUUUGUCUCCUCCAGCCCUAUGCUUCCUUAUGUGCCUUUUCCCUCUUCACUUUUCUUCUGUCCCACUCCACCCCUACCAGUGAAAAUAGGGGGGGGGGAGUGUUUUUGUUUUCUGGUUUUGUUGGUUCCCCCUAAAUAGUUUCCUUCCAUGUUAAAAAGGAAGGGUUUUUUUUUAAGGGUUAUCUCUUUGCUACAUAAUUUCAUCCUUUCCUUUUAAUGCAGUCUUAAGGCAAGAGGCAGGACUGCCCAGAGUGGAAUUAAAAGUCUGGGAACAAGCAAUAUCCCUCUGGCUGAAAAUCCAUUACAAUCCUAAGGGUCUAUUACCUUGCUUCCUGGCCGCAGUUCCCUAUCCUCCUUGGCUUAUGCAAAUAACUAACAAGAUCAAACAAAUUGGCCUAAACCCUGAAAAUAUUUUUAUUGGAACUCUGAACAAGGCAAAAGCUACUAUCACUCGGAGACUUUAUGAUAUCGAAUUACAACAAGAAGGCGCCCUACUCCCAGAGACGUAUAGAUGUAUAAAAGCUUGGCCUAAUUUUGCAGCUGCCCCUUACUUAACUAACAUCACUAACGAAACCUAUAGAUGGGCUUUCUCUAGAGCCCGCUUUGAGACAAUGCCCUCAGCAGUGCUGUACGGCAAAUUCACGCGAGUUCCAAUGCAUGCGCGUCUCUGCCCUUGUAUGUCUAAUAAGGUAGAAUCUGUCACACACAUUCUUCUAUCUUGCGAAUUCUAUAGUGAAGAACGAGUUCAACUUAUUUUACCGCUUCUAUCAAAAUUUAUACCCCUCCAAUAUUAUUUGGAAUCCUCCCCUGAAAUUCUUCGAAAACACCUCCUGGAAGAUUCCUCAAGCUCAGUAUCAUAUGAGGUGGCUAAAUUUUGCACUUUAGUAAUUAAGAAGCGUAAAUCUCUUCUGUUGAAUGGCACACUGUGAAGUUCUUUUGUGUAACCUUUUUUCUUUUCUGAAGUUGUUGCUGAUUUCUUGUUGUCUGAUCUUGUGGUGUUUAGUGUCACUGGCUUUGGCCGCAAUAAACUUGAUUGAUUGAUUGAUUGAAUUUCAUCCUUAUUUAGACAUCUGUGUUUGAAAAAGUGCUGAUGUGUUAGGUAGGUUUUGGUGGGUCCUGUGGGGAAGGAAAAGGAUGGAUUGGGGUUACUGAAGAAUGUAUGUUUAUAAGAGAGAAAAUGGGCUACAAUUACAACAUUUAGAAAGGCCGAGUCUUCAGUAGAAGAGGUGUGGUUGUGUGCAUUUUGGAGAUGCCUGGCUGUGGUCUCUUACAUAGGGCUGCCAUAUUUCAAACAGUGAAAAUCCAGACAGUUGUUUGGGCAAAUGAGGAGGAGGCCACCUUGAGCUCUCUGGAGAAAAGGUAGGUUAGAGGUGCAAUAAGUAAAUAGUAAUAGCCCUUGACUUCUUUCAUAGGUGGUUGUGCCCCUUACUAAAAUAUGAAAAUAGCUCCAAAAGGUUGACAUCAGAUGCCAUUUUCCUGGACAUUUUUAGCAAUUUCUGCAAUUUUUAGCAAUUUCUUCCCAGACACUGCUUCCGACUGCAUUGUUUUGGAUAUGCUCAUGAAAUUCUAGGUGUAUGGCAACCCUAUUUUACAGCAAAGUCCAGGAGGGCAGAGUGGAGGACCUGUUUACUGAAGGAGCCCAAACACUGCAGGUAGAACUGGUGUGCCACAGGGGAACUUGGUGUAUGUAUGCUUUUUAGGGUCUCUGCAGAACAUUUUGCUAAUCUUAGUAGAAUAGUAGCACAGGAGUGAAGCAACAAUAAAGUCAGGAAGAAAAGGCUAUCAAGUUUGGGCUGGGGCUUGCUUUUGGCUCCAAGCACAGCUUCCACUUUUGGAUGCAUUGGGCAAUCUUUUGCAUAAGCUAGUUUACUCAGUGCAAACAAAUUUUAGCCUGCAGAUUGCCAGUUGUUUGUGGUGGGCAGAUGGUCUGCAAAGUCAUGUGCUGUGUAAUCCUUCAAUGAUUGAACAAAAGCUUGGCAUGCGCUUAGGGACUUGGACUAGAAACGUAAUAUGCUGUAGUGUCUUGUCUAUUGGGAAUCGGGAGCCUUCUGCUCAACUAAAAUUACUUUAUUUGAAUUAAUCCGCUUUUUUAUAUAUUAUUUUUGUGUGUGGAAAUACCUGGAAUCUUUCCCAACAUGACUGCUUGGAGGAAGGAACUUGCUGGCUUGUCAGACCAGUGGAAGCAUGUCAUGUGCCCGAAAGACAGUGUAACAAGCAAGUGUCUGGUUAAUCUGCAUGUUGGAAACUGUGACAAAUCCCAAGCCUUGAUUAAAGAUGUCGCUUCCAGUCAGCCCCAAAUGUUCAAAAACUUAGUUGGGUUCACACAUCAUGGGGCUGGCCUACAAGUGUCAUGUUCCAAGUUUCUUGACAUGUAUUGCAAGUUCAGCUAUAUAUUUUGCGUAUCUGUAUCGUGCCCUUCUAGGAGGAGACAGAAUAUUCAAUGCAGCAAACCAAGUGUACAAAAGUGUGAGGAAAUGUUACACAGCUAAACAAUUCUGCUAGCACAAGCACUUUUGGCUGUGCAUUGGAAAUUCCCCUCCCUGCAUGCCCCCUAAAUAUGUUCUAGGGCUUAUGAGGGAGGAGAAAUUAACAACUGUACAAGACAACUUCACGGUGGAUCUUUCUAGACCCUGGGUGUGUGAAGUGCAGAUCUCCCCUUCUGCCACCCUCCCCAAAAAACACACACUGGUGUCUGGGGCCGGUUACUUCCAGAGUGGGGGAACCCAGCAGUCAACCCUGGCUGCCCCAAAGCUGCAGAGGUAGAGGGGGGCUGAGGUGUGAAGCCUGAGGCCUUUCCUUAGGAAACUCACAUCCAGCACCCUACUUGUUUGGCAGUCUGCAUAGAAUUCCCUUUCCUCCUCCUGUUGUGCAUUGCAGGGGGUUGGACUAGAUGACCCUUGGGGUCCCUUCCAACUCUGCAAUUCUGUGAGUCUGUAAUACAGUUUAAUGCUAUUUGGUAAACUAAGCUUUGUGAAAAGCUUGAAUGAAUUGAAAAAAAGUCUUUUCAUGGUGCCCAAAAUACAAGAGAUGGGACUGCCAAACAAGCUUUCCUAGGCAGAGAGCUCCAGAGGUGGGACACCACUACUGAAAAUUAUUUUCUGGAUCACGCAAGCUCAAAACCAGCACUUUGGAUUGAUUGAAUAUGGAAACAAAAAUGGUAACCUGUGUAGAUGGUAUAUCAGUGUUGUGUGUUCCAAGGUACCAUCUCUCGUUAACAUCCUAGCAGCUGCAUUCUUGACCAGUUGCAGUUUCCAAACUGUCUUCAAAGGUAAUUCUAUGUAGGCCAUACUGAAGUUAUCUUCCUGGUUUGUACACAGUGAAUAUCAUCACUGCCCUGUAAUGUGACUGCCCUAUAUUCUUUACCCAUGAAUGUAUGCUUUAGGUUAUCAAGGCUACCUGUGGCAUUCUAAAGAUUGCACACACAGUGUACAUAACUGUAGCAAGAGACAUACACACAUGUUAUGUCAGGGUGAAUCAACCUUUUGGGGCUAUAAGUGUGUCUGAAUUGACGUCACAGCUCCACAGCAUUCAAAUAAGUACUUCACUUUUGCCUGUAUGGUGUGGUGGUUAGAGUGUGCUGGAUCUGGGGGACCAGAGUUCAAACCCCAGUCAGCCACUGGACAGACUUGUCACAGGCCUGUCAUUCCUCCCAGCCUAACCCACCUUGCAGGGUUGUUGCAAGCAUAAAAUGAGGAGGAGGACAACCAUGCAGGCCACCUUGAGCUUUCUGGAGGAAAGGUGGGUUAGAGGUGCAAUAAGUAAAUAAUAAAUAGCCCUUGACUUCUUUAAUAGGUGGUUGCACCCCCUGCUAAAAUCUGAAAACAGCAGAGCAACUUAGCUGAAUCAGUUUACAGUUCUUAACUGCUCCGAUAUCUGAGCACUCCUGCCUCUCUUUUUUUCUCCCCCUUCCCCCCAUAAAAAGGAAAGAACCGGAGGUUGAAGCAAGCGAAAGAAGAAGCUCAAGCUGAAAUUGAGCAGUACCGCCUGCAGAGGGAGAAGGAUUUCAAAGCCAAGGAAGCAGCGGUUGGUUAGAUUUCCAUACUAGCUAAGAUUUUCUUUUCACUCCUCUCUGCUCUUCUCUGCCCAGAUUUGCUACCUGCCCCUGUGGUGAUUCUUGGAAGUCUGGGAUAAAACUGAUUUAACAGCAGUUAUUGGUGCAGAGAUUAAGACCCUGUGGCCCUGCAGAUGCUGUUAGGAUUUCAUCUCCCUGGCUGAUAAUGAGUUGUAAUCCAGCAACAUCUGAAGGGCACAGGGUCAUCAUCCCUACAAUCUAGACCGCUCUUCACUCAGUGGAUAUGUCCUAACUUCUUUCUAAAGACAGUGGCCAUUGCUGUAUCUUAAAGCAGUGGAAUUUGAAUUUCUUUUCUCCAUCCUGCCCAAUUUUCGGCCCUGAAGUUUUUUGGGGUGAAUGGAAUUUUGCAGGGAAGCCACUUUCCUUCACACCGUGUGUUAUUCAACUUAAAUUUUCUGCCUCUUCCCCCCUGUCAAUUCAUCCCCUAAGCUUAAAAAGUUAUUCUAACCAUCUGAUCAUUCUGGCUGCCUUUCCUCCCAGUUCUAUGAUACACUCUUCUUCAGACCCCCAUUCAACUCCAGCCUAAAAAGCUAAACUGGCAUGCACUCACACGCAUAUACAUAGAGUAUUUAUACACCUUUCUCAUUUUUUAUUUUUAAGUUAGGGCUUCUAGAUGGAAAUGAGGGCAUGUUCCUUGUAACUUAAUAGUUUCACAGAAAAGGAGAAUUGUGUUUGCUGCAAGGUUGAGAACAUGUACUAGUCGGGAGUCCCUCUUUGCAACUGAUUAAUAGUAAAAAGGACCUGUGCUUGGUCACUUUCUCUCACCAUUCUCUUGCAGCAUUAUUUUUAAAAUGCUGUCAACAGCAGUUGAAGUUCAGUACAGUACUUGCUCAGCAUAUGGAUUUUCCAGUCAUUUGUACCAACAUGUUUAAAAUUACAACUCUUAUGUUUUGUAUUUUUUUUUAUUUUGGGUAGCUUCUCUCCUUUCAUUAUACAGUCGUACAUCCGCUUACGUAUCCCUCUGGUUACGUAAACUUCGGGAUACGUAAGCAGCAAACCCGGAAGUAUAUUUCCGGGUUUUUGCCACGCACACAUGCAUAGAAGUGCUCUACCGCUGUGCGUGCGUGCACAGAAGCGGUCUCUCGGGUUGCAAAAACCUUGGGAUCCAGCCGGACCUCCGGAACAGAUCCUGUCCGCAACCGGAGGUACCACGGUAUUACAGGAAGGGCAUGUUUCAGGCAGCCUUUGAAGCUUGACCACUAGUCCCUCUAGCCCAGACUUGUCUAUACUGACUGGCAUUGCCUCCCUAGGGUUUCAGACAGGGAGUUUUUGCCAUAUCUAACUUGGGAAUUCAGGGACUGAACCUGGGACUUUCUGAACUUUGGCCCUCUAGCCAUGCUUGCUGUGGUUGAAAGCAGUGGCAAUUCAGCAGCAUCUGGAGGACUGAAAGCCCCCACCCUUGCCUGGAGGGCCACAUAUGCAAAGCUACUGAGAUCAGUGGGUUUUAAGUAGAUAUGCAUAGAAUUGUUCUGGAUCGAGGCACUGAAGAAUCCUAGAAAAGACAUGGAAUUCGUUCUGGUAUGAAAUGUACUUUUCGGCAUUACAGCUUGGUGAAUAAACUUUCCCCCCCUUGUUGCCUCAGGCUCUUGGUUCCCAUGGCAGUUCCACCACUGAGGUGGAAAAGGAGACUCAGGAGAAGAUGACCAUUCUCCAGAACAACUUCCAGAAGAACAGGGAGGAGGUGCUGACUAGCCUGCUCAACUUAGUCUGUGACAUCAAGCCAGAAAUCCAUUUGAACUACCGCAUCAAUGGAUAGGGGCGGGGGGAGUGUUUUGGCAUUCAGGAAGUAUUAAGCAAUACCGACUCUAGCUGUGCCCCUCCUUUUGUAACAGACCUUAACUUAUUUCAGAGAGUUGUAGAUAAUCUUUUUGCCUCUUCUUUCUAAAACCUCCUGAGAACCUUUUGUAGCAUUUUUGGAGCUCAUCCAAAGAUACAUAUAUACAAGUUACAUGUCUCAAAAGUGCAUUAUGAUGGAAGGGUAAUAUUGUAAGACUUGUGAUAAGUAUUGUGCACUCUGUCCCCAUGAAGUAUUUUAAAGUUAGGAAGGAUGAGAUCUCCUAUGCUAUCUUCUGUAUACCUCUUAAAACUGGAAAUGUGUGAGCCUGGUGCUAUGGCCAGUGACAAGCUCACACCAGCAGAGGGAGGAAGUUUUGUUCAUAAAGAGUUGUGAGUCUUACCGUACAGACUAGUCCAAUGACUUGUGACGGUGUGUUUUCUUGAAGUAGAUUCUGUUUGAACAGCUAUACUCUGUAUAUCUUCCUGUUUAACUUGAACUAGAAUCCUGCCCUUACAAAUGUUUGAAGAAAAGUAAAAGUCUUACUUAAUCUGUGAUUGGAUUAAAAUGUGUUCAUUUCAUUCAAUUUAUGAAUUGCUUCCCAUAAAAUGUUUUAAAGCAAUGCCACAGUAAAAAACCAAUUCUGUAUACAC